AUGGCCAAUUAUGACCGAAUUCAACUCCUCAACGUCGAGGUUGACCGUGAGGAUGUGAGCGACCACCUGAUCAUUCCUCAGCUACCUCCAAUACCCGAAGGAGACUGGAACCAAGGACAUAUCACAAAACACCCAGAGAAUGGUAACCCUUAUUUCUCUCAGCAUGCAAAGGUUAUUCUUCCGACGAUCUGCAGCAUAUGGCAUCCAAGGCAAAUCGACUGGCUUGAACUUGAGCAAGCGCAGUGGCUCAGAUCCAAUGUCUAUACUGCCAACUUCAAGACAACUGUUGGAGGAAUAAGUUUGGCAGAUGAGAUUGUGAUUAAAUUUGCAAGAUUUCCCUGGGAAUUACAGUACUAUGAGGAUGAAACGAGGGUUUAUGAACGCAUGGAAAAUGGACCGCUGGCUUCGUCAGCGAGUUGGAAUGUUGGCGCUUCAUAGUGCGGAGAUGGGAGCGUGUUUGUCAUGCGUGAGUGGGACGGAAGGUGCUCGUUCUCGACAGUCUUGAGGCGAGACGGGUGGUGGAAAGAAAGGUAAAAAGUUGCGAGCUGCUUGCCAGGAA